CAUGGUGGGACACCUGUUCCCUUUCUCUCGGGAUCAUAAAUCAUAGUUACCCCUCCUCACCCCAGCAGAGGUAAGGGUCAGAUGGUAACUAACACUGUCCUGUCUUUUCAACUUCUCUUCCUUCUGAAAGGACUGGCCUUCUUCCUCUUGCUAACAGCAGUGUGGGGAGGCUAGCAGCCUGUGACCCAGAAUGGGCUUUGCUCCCCCUCACCAUCUCCUUGGGUCCCUUAUUUUUUCCAGCCUGGGUGGCUCUGCUGGCUGAGGGCCUCCCCUAAGUUCUGCAGGCAGAGGAAAGCUAAACACUUAUAGCCUCCAUCUUGGGGUAACAGUUACUAGAGGGUUUGUCCAGGAGGGAUUCCAGUGCAGAGUGGGUGGUCUGACCCAGGGUCACCCCCAGAGACAACACCCAGCCCUUAAGAGAGCCUCAGAGAGGAAGGGGUGCCAGGCAGCUCCAAAGCCAUGGUGACCGUCACAGGUUUCCUGGUUUACUCCGCCUUGGCCAGUGAGUCAGCAGCACCAGCUUCCUGCCCCAAGAGGGCUUCUUUCCUCCAGACCUGGAAAGCCCAAGGAGCUGGGUGACCUUUGUUUGGGGGGGAUGCUGAAUUCAUCUGCUCUGGAGGUGGCCAUGGUGGAGGUGCAGCUGGACGCAAACCAUGACUACCCGCCGGGCCUGCUCAUCGCCUUCAGUGCCUGCACCACAGUGCUGGUGGCCGUGCACCUGUUCGCGCUCAUGAUCAGCACCUGCAUCCUGCCCAACAUCGAGGCGGUGAGCAACGUGCACAACCUCAACUCGGUCAAGGAGUCGCCCCACGAGCGCAUGCAUCGCCACAUCGAGCUGGCCUGGGCCUUCUCCACCGUCAUCGGCACGCUGCUCUUCCUGGCUGAGGUUGUGCUGCUCUGCUGGGUUAAGUUCCUGCCGCUCAAGAAGCAGCCGGGCCUGCCCAGCCCCACCAGCAAGCCGCCAGCGGGUGAGGUGGCCGCCAACACGCCGGGCCAGGCGGCGGCCAUCGCCUCCACCACCAUCAUGGUGCCCUUCGGUCUGGUCUUCAUCGUCUUCGCCGUGCACUUCUACCGCUCGCUGGUCAGCCACAAGACAGACCGACAGUUCCAGGAGCUCAACGAGCUGGCCGAGUUCGCUCGCCUGCAGGACCAGCUGGACCACAGAGGGGACCACCCGCUGACACCUGGCAGCCACUAUGCCUGAGCCCUGGGCAGGGAGCCUGGGCCUCAGGGGCACAGAGUGGCAAGAGGCUUUUGGGGAAACGACUGCACCUUGAGACUUUGCUUGAGAGA